ACGGUGUGCUCCAGACAAAACCUAGAUUUUCCACGAACAAAUCUCUCUUUUCUUUUUCUUUUUCUUCCCCUUCUCCUCCCCUUCUUCUUCUAGCUCGCAGCCGAGUAGAGCCACCUUCGCCGAUCGAUUCCGGCCAUCUCCGGCCGCCCCUCCCCGAUUCCCUCCGCGAGAACCUCCCUCAACCUCCCCUCCACCUUCCCCACUGUUUUCCCCAAAGCUCCGCCCGGGAAUCGGCCAGAAUUGGCUCCACUCCGCCCGGCCGCCAUUGGCGCCGCUCGGAGCUGCAGGGGGAGACGAUGCGGCAGUCUGGGCGCUUCGAGUCGGAGACGACAAGGUCUGCUGCAGGUUGGACAGCGAGUCCUUGAGCUCCUGCGACACCCGCGGCAGCGACGAGUCCCCCGCCGCCCGGGGAGGAUGACGCCAGCUCCUCCAUGAUUUCCUGGCCACCGCCCGCCCGCCCCGUGUCUGUCCUCCUGCACUAGCCUGUCCGGCCGCCCGCGUGCAGGAAGGUUGACUCCCGUCGGGCGCCGGCGAGCCCGGUAAGGUAAGGGCUUGCUGUCGCAUUUGCUUGAGGAUUGACGGGGUGUUUGAUAAGGCGGCGGCGGCCUCUGGCCUCAUCUACUCUAGUUUCAUUGCCUCGGAAGGAUCCGGGCUAAUUGCUCACUGCUUGCUACGAGGUCAACCUGAUGUGCAUGUUAAACACAGGGUUCAUCGUGGAGGCACUACAGAGCGAAGGAUCUGAGCCAGUUGCAUACAAACCAGUUGUUGGGAAGACACAGCACAAGGGUGAGCCAAGACACAUCAACGAAAUGAUCGGCACUGUUAGAGCAGCGUUGACGUCGAUGGGAGGCGGCGACAUCAGUUUCUCCCCAUACGACACGGCGUGGGUCGCGCUUUUGAAAAAGCUGGACGGUGCAGAAGGCCCGCAGUUCCCCUCUUGCAUCGACUGGAUCGCUAAGAACCAGCUCCCAGAUGGCUCAUGGGGUGAUGAUGCCUUCUUCCUAGUCCAAGACCGGCUCAUCAAGACCUUGGCCUCCCGUGGGGUUACCAACUUACCACUGGGUCUCCCACCUCCAGUGCGGCUACCUAGGGGCUGGUCUGGGCCAGGAGCUUGGUCCUGGUGGGGCCUGCUGCUAGCUCGCUGGUCGUUUCUCGAGUUGGUGUGGCGUACUGAAGGGAUCAGAUUCUGCUUGUCUAGUAGUACGUAUGCUCGUUGGGUGAGUUCAAGAGCUUCUUCAGUUUCUGGGCACUGUGGUAGGCUGCAUAGGAGGAACAUUGCUUCUACAAUGUUGGCCAACGGAGUAUAGAAUUGGCGUCCGUCGACUUCUUCGAACGUAGUUCGCAAGUUCCGGGUUGUG